AUGAGUACAGCGCCAGCUCAAGAUGUCGAGAUGAAGGAGACUCCGGAUCCGGCGGAAGCUCCGUCCAAUUCAGCUACCUCCGCCGCGCCGUCGGCUCUCCAACAUUUGAAGGAGAUUGCUUCGUUGAUUGAGACUGGGGCGUAUGCUCGUGAGGUUCGGAGGAUUGCGCGGGCCAUUAGGCUGACGAUGGCACUGCGGCGGAAAUUGAAGACCUCGGUGGUGUCGGCUUUCCUCAACUUCGCGCUCACUCCUGGAUCAGAGGCGCACUCGCGUUUGUCAUCUUACCUUCCCAAGGAGGAUGACCAUGAAAUGGAGGUUGAUACUGCAACGUCUGUAGUACAAGCUCCUGUGAAGCAUUCCCUUCCCGAGCUGGAGAUAUUUUCUUACUUGCUGGUCUUGAUUUUUCUGAUUGAUCAAAAGAGGUACAGUGAGGCUAAAGCUUGUUCAUCAGCAAGCAUUGCAAGGCUUAAGAACAUUAACAGAAGGACUGUUGAUGUCUUAGCAUCGAGGCUUUAUUUCUACUACUCCCUCAGUUACGAGCACACUGGUGACCUUGCUGAAAUAAGAGGUAACCUGCUUGCACUUCACCAGAUUGCUACAUUGCGCCAUGAUGAGCUGGGUCAGGAGACACUUCUCAAUCUGCUGCUACGCAAUUACCUCCACUACAAUCUGUAUGAUCAGGCAGAGAAGCUGAGGUCCAAGGCUCCCCGAUUCGAAGCCCAUUCAAAUCAGCAGUUCUGUAGGUACCUAUUUUACCUGGGGAAGAUUAGGACGAUUCAGUUGGAAUACACAGAUGCCAAGGAGUCCCUCCUACAAGCUGCUCGGAAAGCCCCCAUUGCAGCCCUUUGCUUCCGCAUUCAGUGCACUAAAUGGGCUGUCAUUGUCAGGUUGCUGCUAGGAGAAAUCCCUGAAAGGACCGUCUUUAUGCAGAAAGGCAUGGAGACUGCUUUGAGGCCUUACUUUGAGUUGACAAAUGCUGUCAGAAUAGGCGACUUGGAGCUCUUCAAAUCUGUGGCAGAGAAGUUCUCAGAGACCUUCAGCUUGGACAGGACCCAAAACCUGAUUGUCAGGCUGCGCCACAACGUCAUCAGAACUGGGCUCAGGAACAUCAGCAUCUCCUACUCUCGCAUCUCGUUAACUGACGUUGCCAAGAAGCUGAGGCUUGACUCCCCAAACCCUGUGGCUGAUGCAGAGAGCAUCGUCUCCAAGGCAAUCCGAGAUGGAGCAAUUGAUGCGACGAUCGAUCACGCUAAGGGGUGGAUGGUGUCGAAGGAGACGGGGGACAUUUACUCAACAAACGAGCCACAGAUGGCAUUCAACUCGAGGAUUGCCUUCUGCCUCAACAUGCACAACGAAGCUGUCCGUGCACUCCGCUUCCCUCCCAACUCCCACAAGGAGAAGGAGAUUGCUGAGAAGAGGAGGGAGAGACAGCAGCAGGAGCAGGAGCUCGCCAAGCACAUUGCUGAGGAGGAUGAUGAUGAGUUUUAA